GAAUAAGGGUCAUAAUUCUUUAUCAUUGAAAACGGAAAAGGAAAAUGAAAGAGGUUCAAGCUUGCUUUGAUCGGAAACUUCUUAGGAGCAUGGGGUUUACUUUCAUAUGUAAAGCCAGAAAACGUGUCUUCUCUUCCUAAUCAUAACAGAGCAGAAUUUCCCAUACCUACUCCUUCAUCUCUCUCUCUCUCGCUCUCUCGCUCCAUUUCACACGCCAGAAGAACAAAGUUGCAGACUUGUGCAAACAGCUCAGAGAAAGACAAUGUGUAGUGCAGACGGCGAUUGCAGGCCUUUAGGGUUCCUUCUGGGUCUUCCCUUCGCCUUCCUCUCUCUUCUCCUUUCCGCCGUCGGCCUCGUCGUCUGGAUCAUCGGAUUGUUGUUGACAUGUAUAUGCCCUUGCUGCUUGUGCCUGACGGUGAUAGUGGAGCUUGCUUUAGAGUUGGUGAAGGCUCCGUUACAUGUAAUGGAGUGGUUCACUUCUCAGAUCCCUUGUUAAGAUUUCUGUUUGUUUGAACCAUGUCUGCUUUCUGAUCAUCCUCUUGUUCAUAGUUUUAGCGCUUUAAAGUUACUAUUCAUCUGUGGUUUCUCUGGAAAACUAUUGCCAAAUUCAAUGAAUUCCAGUAGUAAAUUAGCAAAUUGAGGAUUUCCCCGUCG